CCGAAAGUCAAAGCAUAACAGGCAAAAAAAAAUUUCAUCAAGUGUAGAGAAGGAAAACGCAUCAAAGUAAAAGUUCUAAAUUCUGUUCUAUCUUGGGAGUUUGUAAAAUAGCAUUUCUAUAUUGAAUGUAAAUUAUAUUAUAUAAAUUCUGAGAAAUUACAUGUAGUUUGAAAACAAAUGAAUUAAUUCAAUAUCUCCAAACAUAAAAAACACGUUCGUUAAGAAGCAAUAGACAAAACGAGCGGAGUCCCAAUUAGCUACGUGCGACAACCCGCAUUGAAUUUUAUGAUUCCGAUUUUUGGUCUUAAGGAAAAAUAUAUUAAUUGAAGUCGCAAUUUUAUAACAAAAAAGAAAGAAAACAGCAGACGAAGGGAUCGUGCAGAAUUUGCAUUGAUGGUAAUGCAUGCUAGAAAACCGCAACGUUUGAAUGAUGGCUACUUUGAGAAGCAUCAAUCCCAUUCUUAUCAGAGUUCCAAAUACAGUUCAAAACGCGAAUAUGAACGUGAACGUUCAUCGAAUUAUAGGGAUCGUGAUAUCUCACCCAUUGGUGGAGGCUCAUUAAAUAAUGGUAACAGUUCAUCGUAUCGAUCACACACGCCUGAAUUAGAUUCACCGUCAUCAAGGCACGGUGGAUCACACGAUAUACGCGAUCGUGGCGAUCACCGUGGUAGCGGAUUCAGUUACAUUCAGAAAAUGAGGGAUAGAGAUCGUGAUGUCUACAAAAAAGAUAAAUAUUCUUCAGGUAACUUUCAAUAUAAACGCGAUAGAAGGGGAGGUAAUGAUAGAGAAUCAGAAUCGCAUCGCACUAACCACGAUCGGAUUGAUAGACGUGGUGGCGGAACGAAGCUUAUUUCAUCAAGUAGUGGUGAAAAAAGAUCGGGUUCAGAUGAUCGCGAUAGAGAUCGCGAAAGAGAUUUAAGAGAUAAUAAACGCGAUAGAGGUUCAGAUCGUGAUCGGGAUAGAGAAAGAGAUCGUGAAAGAGAUAGAGAACGCGAACGUGAAAGAGAAAGAGAUAGAGAUCGCAGUGAUAGAGGCGAACGUGAAAGAGAACGGGGAGGGGGAGAUCGUGGUGAACGGAUAGUGAGAUAUGGUGAUUGGAGUGAACAUGUUAGUUCUUCUGGAAAAAUGUAUUACUAUAACUGUAAAACUGAAGUCUCUCAAUGGGAGAAACCAAAGGAAUGGAUUGAAAGAGAAAGAAACCUGGCGCGAGAUCAACAUAGAGAAAAGGAUUAUCGAGAUAAAGAUCGUGACAGGGACCGUGAUGAUCGUUUUGUAAGAUCUGCAUAUACGAAACAUUCCAGUUCUCGAGCAAGCUCACGACUGAGGUGGAAUUUUGAUAAUGAUAAUGGAGCACCAAGUCAGAGAAGGCGAAUAGAUGGUCGACUAGAAAAUACUGAUAUGGAUAUCAGUCCAGGUGAUUCAACUCCCACUUCAGAGGCCAGCUAUCCACUAACUGGCACACCUACAACACACGGUGUUGGUGGAUCCCAGCAAAACGACCAAUCAUCUAUUCCGUCUUCAACAAUUGGUUUGCCUAAUGCGCUGCCUAGAUUAUCUUCGCAUCCUAAUACAACAAAUAUGUCGGCAUCAACAACUGCGUCAGGCUCGGCAUUACAUUACUCUGCUGCAGGUGUUACCGGUAGCAGUGGCAUGGUUGUUGGUGGUGCAACUAUGCUACCGACAACUGGGCUCUCGUCUGUAUCGGUGUCAUCAACAUCAGCAGCAGUUGCAGGCAUUCAUGUUCAAAAUAACUAUCAUAGGAAAAUAGAUACAGUGACGAUGCUGCAACAAGGACAACAUUUAGCUACAAACGUAUCGCCAAAUGACACAAGUUUACCAUUAUCAUCAACAAAUCAAGUGGAUCAUCAUUUAAAUUCAAAUACUCCAGGUCCCCCGAAAAUGGGUACAAUGGAUCAAGAUUUAUUGAGUAACCUGCAAAAAACAUCAAUUUUAAUGAGACAGCAUUCACAUCACCAUUAUUUAAUGACUUGUGCUGCAGAAAUGUUACCUGCUAACACAGUGUCUUCUAUUGAUGCAACAAAUCAUGCAUUAGGUUCCAAUGCUGUACCCCCCGGAGUAAUUACGCUGAGGGAUAAUUCGAUGAAUUCACCUUUAUACAAUUUAACUCAUGCUAUGUCACCUAUGAGCUAUACAAAAAGUCCUAGCACAUCUGUGAAUAGUGUAGCUAACGCUAGUAGCGUUCAUUCAAAUAAUGUAGGUGUACCUAUUGGAAUGGGUGUUGUAUCAGCACCAUAUCCUUGUAAUACACCAUUUGGACUUAAGACUGCGGAGGGCGGUAACACUAUCAACCAUGCAAUUGGCAAUAGCGGUAUUUGUCCCUCAUCUAGCUUAACGAAUAUUGCUGCCAUUGGAAGUUCUAGUGGCGUAGGCAUAGUUUCUGGUGAAGGACCACCAACACCUACACAAGAACUAGAUAUAAGUAGUUCGGUUAUAGAGCAACAGCAACGAAAGCUAGAGAGUACAACAUCUGCAUCAUUAAGUUCUUUGCAAAGCUGUGUUGCAUCAUCAGUACAAGUUGGGCGGCCACAAGGUCCUGAAAUAUCACCGAAACUGGCAAAAUAUUUUAGAGGCGAUUUAAUAAUGCAUGUGACCAACUGGCAGGCUGAUAUUAUAGAAAAACAGGCGCAAAAAUGUUCAGAAGAAACACACGUAUUUGGAGAUUUACAGUGCACAAAAGUUUCUACAGACUUAAAAUGUGCUAGAAGUUUGGUUAGAGUAACCGAAAUAUCAUCAACAUUACAAGAUCAAAAAUUAAUGUAUCUACGUGAACAGAUUCGCGUGAUAGAGGAAUCAAAAUCACAAAACUCUUUUAUGUCUGAUGAUCUUUAGCCAAUAAAUUAGUUAUACUGAAGAAUUAAGCAGAUUAAUAAAUCAACAAAUAAUAAUUUUAAACAGAAAACAUCAAUUUAGCUGAUUCAAUUUUUUUAAGUAACUAACAAUAACUGAUUGCAAAUUGCAAAUUGCUAAUUGCUAGAUGAGGAACAGCAUUGAUUGAUACAUUGUGACAACAAAUACAACAAAGAAAAUAAAACAACCUGUGACUGUUAUGAUUACAGUAUAUAGAACGCGUUAGAAGCGAAGAUUAUAAGUAAUUAUAGUAAUAUUAUUUAUUAGUACUAAAUAAUAAUUAUACGAUUACUAAUAAUAAUAUAAACGCAAUAAGCAAAAUU